GAAAAGGUCAGAGCAAAUCAUUUUGCCAACUUUCCCUCUCGUUACGUUACGACUUUACACUUUUAUUUUUUCUUUUCCGAGGAAAAAUUCCUCCAAACACUUCCCUGCGGGGGAAAAAAAAUCCAGCAUGGAAAUGGAAUCUCCAGCUGAACGCCGCCUCUACGCCAUCCACUCUCACCUCCUCCCUUCCUCCAACGCCGAGGAUGACUCCUUUCUCCGCCGUAACCACACCUCCUCUUCACACUUCUUUCACGGUCAAAAAUACGGUGUAGUCCUCCCGGAGAAAUUGCAAAGUGGAAAAUGGAAUGUUUAUAGAUCAGUUCGUUCUCCGAUGAAGCUUGUGAGUAGGUUUGCUGAUCAUCCUGAAAUCGGGACGUUGCAUGAUAACUUUGUACAUGCUGUUGAGACUUAUAAAGAUUACAAGUACUUAGGAACGCGAAUUCGGGUGGAUGGAACAGUUGGGGAGUAUAAAUGGAUGACAUUUGGAGAAGCAGCUACAGCUCGAGAGGCAAUUGGUUCUGGCCUAAGGUGUUAUGGGAUAGAACAAGGAGCUUGUGUUGGACUUUAUUUUAUAAAUAGACCCGAGUGGCUGGUGGUUGAUCAUGCUUGUGCAGCAUAUUCAUAUACUUCAGUUCCUUUAUAUGAUACUUUAGGUCCUGAUGCAGUUAAUUAUGUUGUGAAUCAUUCAGGCAUACAGGCUAUUUUUUGUGUACCACAAACUUUGAACACUUUGUUGAGCUUCAUAUCUCAGAUUCCAUCUGUACGUCUUAUAGUGGUGGUUGGAGGAGCUGAUGAACAUUUACCUUCACUUCCCUUGACAUCUGGUGUGAAGCUUAUAUCAUAUCUAAAAUUACUUGGUCAGGGCCGCAGUAACUUGCAGCCAUUUUGCCCUCCUAAGCCUGAAGAUGUUGCGACAAUAUGCUACACUAGUGGUACUACUGGAACACCGAAGGGAGUUGUCUUGACACAUGGAAAUUUAAUUGCAAAUGUUGCUGGUUUCUGCCGAGCUAUAAAAUUUUAUCCCUCUGACAUUUAUAUAUCCUAUCUUCCUUUGGCUCACAUUUAUGAACGAACAAACCAAAUCAUCUCAGUUUACUAUGGUGUUGGAAUUGGCUUCUACCAGGGGGACAAUUUGAAACUGAUGGAUGAUUUGGCUGCUCUUAGACCAACGAUAUUUUGCAGUGUGCCUCGAUUAUAUAAUCGAAUUUAUGCUGGAAUCACCAAUGCUGUCAAGACUUCUGGCGUUCUAAAGGAGAGGCUAUUUAGAGCUGCCUACAAUUCCAAGAAGCAAGCCAUCAUGAAUGGAAGGAAUGCAUCGCCAAUUUGGGAUAGAUUGGUCUUUAAUAAAAUAAGGGAAAAGCUUGGAGGACGAGUACGUUUUAUGGGAUCAGGUGCUUCCCCUCUGUCUCCUGAUGUAAUGGACUUCUUGAGAGUGUGCUUUGGCUGUCUAGUAGUUGAGGGGUAUGGCAUGACGGAGACUUCUUGUAUAAUAACCUUGAUGGAUGAAGGGGACAACUUAUCAGGUCAUGUUGGGUCUCCAAAUUCUGCCUGUGAAAUAAAACUUGUCGAUGUUCCUGAAAUGAAUUACACCUCUGAGGAUGAGCCAUAUCCUCGUGGGGAAAUUUGUGUGAGAGGUCCUAUUGUUUUUCAAGGCUACUACAAGGAUGAAAUCCAAACGAGAGAAGUAGUUGAUGAUGAUGGUUGGCUACAUACAGGAGACAUUGGUUUGUGGCUGCCAGGAGGGCGUCUCAAGAUUAUUGAUAGGAAAAAGAACAUAUUUAAGUUGGCGCAGGGUGAAUACAUAGCACCUGAGAAGGUUGAGAAUGUAUAUGCGAAAUGCAAAUUUGUUUUGCAGUGUUUUAUAUACGGUGAUAGUUUGAAUUCAUCUUUAGUAGCGGUAGUUGCAGUGGAACCUGAUGUGUUGAGAAAUUGGGCUGCAUCUGAGGGCAUCCAGUAUGAGGAUUUAGCACAACUGUGCAAUGAUCCGAGAGCAAGGAAUGCUGUCCUUGCUGAGAUGGAUGACGUCGGAAGGGAAGCACAGUUAAAAGGCUUUGAAUUUGCAAAAGCUCUAACUUUGGUACCAGAACCAUUCACCGUCGAGAAUGGCCUUCUCACUCCAACAUUCAAGAUCAAGCGGCCUCAAGCAAAGGCGUACUUCGCAAAAGCCAUAUCAAACAUGUAUGCUGAGCUUUCGGUAUCUGAUCCGACACCACAGAAAAUGUCAUGAGGCAAGUCCCACUUCUUGAAAACGAAGAAGUAGACAAAAAUAAUGAUUAAAAAAAGAGGUAAUGACGUGGAAGGGAAGUCCCUUCCAUUUGAUUCCAUAAAAUUCCAAGGGGAUGAUUAUCGUAGUUUUACAUGCUCAAUCGCUAUAAUCAUAUUUGAAAUGAGGCUUUCAUUUCUUUGUUGUAACGUAUAUUAAUUAUUCAAUAAUAAUUUUAUUUUUAUAUUUUUAAA